AUGCUAUGUGCCUUCUUCCUUUGCAGGGGAUUUGGAAAACAAGGAUUCCAGUGUCAAGUUUGUUGCUUCGUUGUCCACAAGAGGUGCCAUGAGUUCGUCACCUUCUCCUGCCCGGGUGCCGACAAGGGCCCUGCCUCUGACGACCCUCGGAGCAAGCACAAGUUUAAGAUCCACACGUACUCCAGCCCCACCUUCUGCGACCACUGCGGUUCCUUGUUGUACGGACUUAUCCACCAGGGGAUGAAAUGCGACACCUGCAUGAUGAACGUGCACAAGCGCUGUGUCAUGAACGUGCCAAGCCUCUGCGGGACAGACCACACCGAACGCAGAGGCCGGAUACACAUCAAGGCGGACAUUGAGAACGAAGUCUUGAUGGUUAUUGUACGGGAUGCUAAAAAUCUUGUUCCUAUGGAUCCCAACGGCUUGUCAGACCCAUAUGUGAAACUCAAACUUAUACCUGACCCAAAAAAUGAGAGCAAACAGAAGACGAAAACCAUCAAAUGUUCUUUGAAUCCUGAAUGGAAUGAGACCUUCAAAUUCCAGUUGAAAGAGUCUGACAAGGGCAGGCGACUAUCUGUGGAGAUCUGGGACUGGGAUCUGACCAGCAGAAAUGAUUUUAUGGGAUCCCUGUCCUUUGGAAUUUCAGAGCUGCAGAAAGCCGGAGUGGAUGGCUGGUUUAAACUCCUAAGCCAGGAAGAGGGAGAGUACUUCAAUGUUCCUGUCCCCCCUGAAGGUGAAGAAGGCAAUGAAGAGUUCAGGCAGAAGUUUGAGAGAGCCAGGAUCGGUCCGGGUUCAAAGGUUGUAGAAGAGAAGACACCAAACACCAUCUCCAAAUUUGACAACAACGGGAACCGUGAUCGCAUGAAACUGUCUGACUUCAACUUCCUGAUGGUGUUGGGCAAAGGCAGCUUCGGAAAGGUGUGUGCUGUCAGAAGGGGGCCAUUCACAUUCUCCUUCAUUGUUGGCUGGGUUCAAGCAUUCUGCUAA